GCGCGGGGUGAAGGAAGGUUGUUUAUCAGAGCAUUUUUGUUUGUAUUUAAUUACUGCGCCGUUUACUUUGGCUAGAUUAUAUAUUUUGGGUCUCUAACACAGUCGCAGAGGAGUAAAGAAAAUUAUAAAGUUGUUUAAAGUUAUUUUUCCUGUUGCGAUGGAAAUACAGAACUGUUUACAGGAACUUUUGCAUGAUGACAACACCGAAGAAAAUGGCGUCCAGUUGAAUUAUUUUGACCUUAUUGCCUCAAAGUCCCAAGAAUCUUUACUUUGUUUCGAAGGGAUAAAGAUUCUUCCUCCACUGCUGUCUGAAGUUGAGAAGAAUGAAAUGCGUGAUUACAGAAGGAAAGCUGUGGAUUUGGAGCAAAAACAUUUUGAAGCAAGAAGACAAAAAUAUUCCAAUUUGUUGCUAAAAGUUAUGGAUAUCAUGGACAGAUGUCAAAGGAAAGGAGGAAAGAACAGAACAAAGACUCCCAUUCCUGAAGGAAAUUCCUCCAAUGACAACAAAGGAAAAGAAAAUGUUCAAGCACAAGAAAAGAUAAUAAUUAGCAAGACAAAUAAUCAUCAUGUUGCUGGGGAAAGUAACAAUGGUUCUAUCGAGAUACUGCAAGAUAAUGUAAGGAACUAUAAAAGUUUCCCCGAAGAAAGGAAGCGGAAAGAAGGCAGUAAUCAGAAUGUCAAAGAUGAUUUGCCUGAUUCUUCCUUGAUAUUUCAAAAACCCAAGCUUUACAAUUCAUCAUCCUCUCCCAGAAGAAACAAAGUUGAUGAAAGCAUAAACAGCACAAAUGAAUCUGAUAGAACUAGUCAGAAAUUACAAAAUCUGUCCCUUGACAGAGAAAGUUCAGCAUCAAGUACUGGUACAACAAUUGCAAGUAAUAAACUUCAUGGAGAACACUUAGACAGUAAAAGAGAGAUUACUGCUGGUGAUUCAUUGGCAUCAACUGUUUUAUCAAUGGCAUUCACAGAUUCUAGUGUAACAACUCAGUUAUCCACCAUGGAGGGUAUACAGCAGACUGUGAAGCCAGUACAACGUAAGCUCAACAUGGAUAAUGUUAAUCAAAAUCCCAAUCAUUUAUAUUACCAGAGUAUGGAACCCCUAACAAGCACCCCUAAUGAGCUACAAAGACCUGAUACUAGGUCUAGUCAAAGAGCAAAGAAAAAAGCACCAGUCAAGCAUGUUGCUAGUAAGAAAAGUACAGAGACUUACACUGAACAGGAUAAAGCACUAGAAAAGCUUGAAAUGAUGAGGAAAAAACUGUUGGAGGAAAAGGAAAAGCAAGUUGCACUUCUAAGACAACAAGAACUAGCAAGAUUGAAGAAAAAUAAGGACAAUCAAAAACAGUUCAAUUUAUUGCAAGAACUAAAUACACAGUCAGAUGAAAGAGAUAUGUAUAAUGAUGAACAAUUCAAUGCUCGUCCAUCAAGUGAUAUGUAUUCAAUAUCUGAAAGAAGCUUUGAAGGGUCACUUAGUCUCAAGGGAGAUGAUCAGAAUGAAGCUGAAUCUGCAUCAGAUAAAGAAAAUAAUCACUACACAUAUGAUCCUCAGCAUAGAAUGUACCAUGACAUGAAUUCAGUGGUACAUUACAGGCAAGACACUUUGGAAAACAGAUCUCAGGCUAAGCAACAUGGUCCAUUCAGUCCAAGUCCAUAUGUGAGGCAGGAGUUUCUGAAACAAUUUGAGAUGGCGAUGAACCAAGGAUGUGAUGGAAGAGAUAAGUUUUCUAUUCUAACAGCCUAUUCUAAGGGAUUUCUCACUAGAUGCUUGCUAAAGGCAGAGAAAGUACAAGCCAUCAUUAAAACAAUUAAGGAUACAAGUGAGUUCCUUGCUGACAUAUCCAAAGAAGGCACUAAUUCUUAUCAAGAUAAAUCAUUACAACAGAGGGUGCAAGCACAGUUGGUUGCUGCCAAGCAAAAGUUAUACGACAUUUUCUUCAAGAUUGCAGUUCAUGAUAGAAUGUCAUACAUAACUCAUUCAAGGAAUGUGGCUAAAGAAAGAGAAGAGAGACAAUAUGAUAAGAGCAAAAAGUCGGCCAGAAAACUCUCUUCUGCUACUUUAAAAGCUAUGCAGCGGCGAGUUGUAGAACAAAAUGAAAACUCUGAUGUUAAAAGGGCAUCAACUCACAGUCCACUUGGAAGGAGAAAGAACUGGGAUAUCAGGGUACUGAAGCCUGUACAAAGUACUAAAUCACCUCAACUACAAGACAAAGCAAGAUUGGCAGGAAGAAGACGUCCUGGGACUGCUCCUUCACCAAGACACAGUAUCAUCAAGAAGAACACCUACAACAAUAGGCCUGCUACAGCCAUGACCAAGCAAUCAAACAGAAAAUCCAUCUCGCGCAGAAGUGUAGAAAACGAUAGUGCUUCUUUACGUAAACCACCUCGAAUGAGCUUAGAAGGAAAGCUGCAGACAACAGUGAAACGUACUAAAGCUAACGAUGAAGAAAAGUCAUCUAUUUCAAAGUUGCCAGUGAAAAGAAGUCUGACGGGGGGACAAACUUACAGAGUGACAAGAGGUGACGAAGAAGACAAGAAAACCCAGCAACAGUACAGUCGACCUUCUAGGCUGAGUCUAGAAGGAAAUCGUCAAGUUCGUGAAUCCUCAGCAAAACAAAAUCCAGUCAAAAGUAACAUCAGACCAAAAACUGCUUCAGGCACACGUAGAGUCACGCGGUCCAUGGCAGCAAAAUUUAACAAAUCAUAGUUCUUGUUCCAUGUCUGUCGGAUUCUUGCCACAUUAUAAACCCUCGAUAAUGUUAAAAAUGGAUUUGUUCAACUGGGUUUAAAGCAUAUUCAAAAUUGCUUAAUAACAGUACAGGGUGUUGCCUUAUGAGGUGAAAGAAGUCAUUUAAUGCUCGGCCAUAGUAUUAUUUGUUACACACAUAUGUAACCAAGACGGUAAAAGAACAUUCGUUUAUAGGGGAUAAAGGACUUUGCUAUCCAAUGUCCAUUUGUACCACUAACUAACUUAAAAUUUAAAGAUAACUUUGGCCAACAAAACUACUAGUAUGUGAAUAGUACAUGCAAUAUUGUCACUAACCUUUUUCACGCAUUUUGGAAAUAAAUGCUUUGCAUACAAAA